GCCGCACUGCAAUGGAGAGAAGGGAAGAGGAGCCACUGCACCCGCCGCGGGGGAAGGAGAAGCAGGAGGAGGAGGAGGAGGAGCGGGAGGAGGAGGAGGAAGGAAAAGGGGGAGACGGAGAUUAGUCUUGUCCCGGCUGGCGGAAAUCACCGAGGCGCUGCUGAUACGUUCAGAUCUCUCGGCCGGGUCUGUGUUUUGUGUGCUAAGCAAAUAAACACAGCUCCAGAAAUGCUCCCGCUGCCGUUGCGGUGCUGCUGAUAGGAUCGUCAGCCGCCGCCGCCGCCGCCCCCCUCCCGGCUCCCGGUCUGGUCUGGGAGAAGCAGAACAGGCAGCAACAGAGCUGGGAGGGAGUGGAUGCCCUCGCUGUGCCUCUCUGCCUCCUCUCUGAUCGUGCAUUGCUGGAGGAACCGAGAAGCUGAUCCGUCUCCUCCUCCCGCGCCGCAGCUCCCUCGUUCCAAUCCCAAGAGCCCCGUCAAAGCUUUCGUUUCUCUCCCUCUCUCUCUUCCCCCCGCAACCCCACUCCUGCUAUCCCUUCCCGCCCCCCAGCCGCGGCCUCUUCCCAAUCCUCCAACCAUGACCAUUUCGGUUUUCACCUUAUAAAGAUGGCGGUGUGGGAUCACUGCAACCUUUAGACUCAUGACUGUCAGAAACAUCGCCUCCAUUUGUAAUAUGGUUCUGCAGGAGCAGUUACAUGCAGUCGCCAUCUUCCCACCCUGUGGUGACCCAGCAUGCCCUUUGCUGGUGAGGUCAUAUCCACCAUUCAUCAGCACUGGAGAAUGGAGCCUACCUAUAGGGGCACCAAUGCCUCUGCUCUGGAAAAAGACAUUGGGCCAGAGCAAUUUCCACUCAAUGAACACUACUUCGGACUGGUCAAUUUUGGGAACACCUGCUACUGCAAUUCUGUCCUGCAAGCCCUGUACUUCUGCCGGCCAUUUCGGGAGAAUGUGUUGGCAUACAAGGCCCAGCAGAAAAAGAAGGAAAACCUCCUGACAUGCCUGGCCGACCUUUUCCAUAGUAUUGCGACGCAGAAGAAGAAAGUUGGGGUCAUCCCACCAAAAAAGUUCAUCUCCCGGUUACGAAAGGAGAAUGAUCUGUUUGACAACUACAUGCAACAAGAUGCCCACGAGUUUUUGAACUACUUACUGAACACCGUUGCCGACAUUCUGCAGGAGGAGAAGAAGCAAGAAAAGCAAAACGGCAAGCUGAGAAACGGCAACAUGAAUGAAGCGGAAGAGAACAACAAGCAAGAACUCACCUGGGUGCAUGAGAUUUUUCAGGGAACACUGACGAAUGAAACGAGAUGUUUGAACUGUGAAACUGUUAGUAGCAAAGAUGAAGAUUUUCUCGAUCUUUCUGUUGACGUUGAACAGAAUACAUCAAUUACUCACUGCUUAAGAGACUUCAGCAACACAGAAACAUUGUGUAGUGAACAGAAGUACUACUGUGAGACUUGCUGCAGCAAACAGGAGGCACAGAAAAGGAUGAGGGUUAAAAAACUGCCAAUGAUCCUCGCAUUACACCUGAAGAGAUUCAAAUACAUGGAGCAGCUACAUCGGUACACCAAACUCUCUUACCGUGUGGUGUUUCCGCUGGAGUUACGGCUCUUCAACACAUCCGGGGAUGCUAUCAACCUGGAUCGCAUGUAUGACUUGGUGGCUGUAGUAGUUCAUUGUGGCAGUGGACCUAAUCGUGGACAUUAUAUUACCAUUGUGAAAAGCCAUGGAUUUUGGCUUUUGUUCGAUGAUGAUAUUGUAGAGAAAAUUGAUGCGCAAGCUAUUGAAGAAUUCUAUGGUCUGACUUCUGAUAUCUCAAAAAAUUCAGAAUCUGGAUAUAUUUUAUUUUAUCAGUCAAGAGAGUGACUGGGUAGACUGUGACUUUUUCUGCACUCAAGAGGAGAAGCUGACCAACACUGUUAAUUGACUUCCAUGUAGACCCAUCCAAUACAGUCCAUUCUGCUCAUAUUUCAGCUGCUGACUGAAACUCCUUUGACUGGGAGAUUGGCCUCCACCUUUACCAUGACUCUCCUUUAAAGGCAACAAGAACAAAUUUAUGCAGACUCAUGUUCACCUGUUGGAUCCUGCUGAACUGAGGUUUAAUGUUUCAUAGGUGUUUGCAUCACCGUUAAGGACCAUUUCUUCCCUGAUUCUAAAGAACCAUUCUUUUAGACUAGUGGUUUCCAAACCAAGGUACCGUGGAAUGCCUUAGAUGACUAGCAGGGAUUCCUCAGUGACAAGGUCAGUAGAAAUGGUGGACUUCCACCCGAGCCAAUGUCAGGAGUCUCCAUUGUUGGGCACCUUCCAUGGCCCAUACUACUGAUCCCCACAAUCCCUCACCCUGCUCCUCCUCACUUCUGUUGCUUGUUCAUCUGCCCUUUCCAGGUUUGUGAGCAGUGGCAAAAGAAAGGGUGAACAUCAGCCUCCACAUGCCUUGUCCUCUCUUUCAACCUGUGGUGGUAGAUUGGGCCCAUGGGGAAAGGACAAGUGAAUGGACAGUGGUGACAGUGGCAAGGAGGCUUCUCAGAGACAUGGGUCAGCUGAAGGUAUCUUACCUGAGAGUCCUCCAAAAUCUGGAGCCAACACUGUCAUCCAUACCUUAAAUUAGAUUUCCCCCAUCCCUGGUCCCUCCAGAUAUUGAUAGACUACAAUCCCCAGAAUCCCUGAUGAUUGCCCUGCUGGCUGGGGCUGAUGGGAGUUGUAGUCCAAAACAUCUGGAGGGACCCAAGUCGUGGAAGGCUGCUAUUAAAAUAGUUUGCUCACAACUACUGACCUUCCCCUGAAAGGGUGUACUGGAGGUAAUCUAGAGUGCAUAUACACAGUUUGCACAGGGCAGUGACAAACCUGGUCAGCAUUGCACAUGGAAUGAGCAUGCACCCUAGAACAUAUCCUGGCAGCUUCUGCUGUGCGCAUGGGUACUAUGGCAGGUGAUGCUCAAGGGUUUCUAGGUAGGGUAAUCGAUGUGGAAGGGCUGUCUUCGGGUAGAAAGUCUGAAAAUUGCUGCUUUAGAUGCCUACUACUGAAAUGUAACUCCUACUCAUGGAAAGGAGAUACAUGUGUAUUUCAUAACUAUUGGAACUGGGCUUAGAUUGUGGACUAGGUCACAUAGUAUUCUCCAGUUAGAAAACUAUUCUUUCCAAACCCUUUAAGCUUUGGGUUAUUAAAAAAGAAAUCGAAUUGGCAACCUCAAGACACACAUUUACUCCAAGGGAUUUCAGUUCCAUUUGAAUCAAAUCAUGCUUGUUUGUCUAGUCUUCCUGUUUAUCGUGGGACAUGAGCUGAGCUGCUCCUUUGGAUUCCCGCCCUGUAAAAGGCUUUCGGGGAUUUUGCACUGAAGGAGGUGGGGGAGGGAAGCGGUUCCUCCAUGUAACUUUCACUAUGUAAUGAGUGAUUUAUCUUUUCUUAACCCAAAGAGAUCCUGCAAAACGAUGUUGUUGUUUAUUCAAGUUCACACAUGUCUGAGUAUCGUGCGUGCAAGUAAGUGCUUGUACAGCAGUUGUGCAAUCCAGUUAAGAAAUACCGGCCAUGAGCCAAAGCUCUAGAGGACUCAAGCACACAACCGAGUUCCAUGUGAACCGCGGCUUUCUCGUUCUCUUCAGUCUUGGAGAAUGCAUCCUCAUGUACACGUUAGAGGUUUCGCAUGCACGUCACAGCCGCUGGAUUUCAGUAACUAUCUGCCAUGGCGCUCAAUUCUGCAAAGCGCUAGACUUUGACAGGUUGCAGUGGCUGCAUUGAGAGCUAAAUGAUGUGGCAUCACCCAGGGUAAAACAAUUUUUCAUGUUCUGCAGCACCUUUACAGUCAGAUAUAUUAAAAUCCAGUUCCUGAGUUCCAUCUCUUUGUUACACUUCCACGUGACUAAGAAAUGACACCUGGGGGCAACUAGAAUAGGGUCAAAUUUUAGUGGCUCCCAUUUGGUUCUAUGGCCUGAAAUAGAAGGGCUGCAAUUGGCAAGGCAGCUGGGAAAGCUGCAAAGUCACUGACCGAGACAGCGAUAGAUUCCUAGAAGCAUAAGGCAGAUUUAGCUCCCACCUGAAUUGUGUCCCUGAGAACAUGCCUAAAAUGCUCAUCUUGAGAACACCUUUUCAGUGGUAGCCAAAUGUGCCCUCUGGCCCUAAUGCUGAGUGGCCAAGUUUGCACCAAAUGGGACUACCAUUGGGAUACUAUGUGUCUCUGUGUACGUCCAUCAGAAUCUGCAGUAUAUAAAUCUUCUCUGCAGCCCUCUUGCCCCCAUUGUAUUGACAGGCAUUUUGUUAGUUGUGUAAUUCUAAAGAGCAUUUAUCCCUGCAGAGAUUAAAUACGAACAACAUCAGCAGUCAUGUGUAUUGCCUAGCCAAAUUUCAGUUUUAAGGCUGUUAGCUGCAAUAGUUGCACUCUAGCUGGUCAGGGACUUCUGAAACAAUAUUGCAUAAGUCGUCCAUAAAUGUAAAUAUCAGAAGGUGAAUUGGAAGCAUCUCUGCUUUUGUUGAACAAAUGGUUGUGGAAUAUCAGAGUUGGAUUGGCUUAACAUAUAACACUUGUUUGGUGCCUUGCAUGGGCUGCUAACACCAGAUUUUGAUCCAAGCAAAACAGAAGGCAACGGGCACCUUCUAGCAGGAUGUCCCCCUUUACAGGAUGUCCUGUUGAAAGGAAUAGGAGCUGUGCGACAGCUUUUCUUCCCGCUGGAUUCUUUGUGGAUCUGUGUAUGAUUUCUAGUGAGGAAAUUCCAGAAGAGAUCACAAGCGCACUGCAUUUAUUUCUAUUUUUUAAUGCAUGUAUUUAUUAGGAGUCAGUCCCUUUUAGGUUUUAUGAAUAGAGCUCUAAUCACAUGUUUAUUGCUGAGCUGCUAAUUUCAUCACUGGUUGCAUCUUGCAUCUUGGUUACCCUUCUGAGAAUGAAAAUCUUCCUUAUGUGCAUGUGAUAUUUACCCCCCUUUUUAACAAUCUUACAGUAUUGGCUCUCGCUAAAACAGAACAUCGUGCAUUUGGAACAGUGUGAGGCUGCUGUGUACUAAGGGGUGUAGCAUGUUACAUGGCUGAGGAACAAAAUCAGAUACUUUUUAAUCUUUGAAGUCCCACAAUUUGUUUAUCACUGUGAUGAUCUAUCAGGAUAGAACAAAAAGAGUCUUGCUUGCAUGACUACUGCAUUUGAUCAGCAGGGCUGUGGCAACUCUAUAUGCAUAAAGAGACAGGCAUUUUGCACCUCUACAUAGCUUAAUAAAGUCUGUGUAUAUGCCUAACCAUUAGAAUGAUCACUGGAAUGUGGACAGUGCCUGCUAAAAUCUCAUAUGCCAGAAUUGGACCUGAGCUCAGGUCCAGGUCUGGCAUAUAAGAUCUUAGCAGGCAUUGCCCAUAUUUUCCCCAAACAUGUUCAGGGUCAUAAGGACUAGAAAUAUGGUUCUUUCAACAACAACAACAACAACAACAACAACAACACAAUCAAAGGAUGCUGAUGUCAAAUGUCACACUUGCACAAUACUGUCAAAGAUGCAAAGAUACACAUAAUCCUGAGUAUAACAUCAGAAGAGCCCUAGUCUACAGGUUCCUAUCAGGCUACUCAGUGAAGCAAAAGAUGGAAGGUUACGUUGUAUCAAGAAAACCUUAUCAAAAUGUGCCUGUAGCCUAUAAUUCACAAAGACAGUUCAUACAUAUGUAUGCAUCACUUGACUACUCAGCUUUCAAUUACUGGUAGCUGAAUAUGUGAACUGGCUCAGACCUGGUUCAGACGUAAUGGGAAAUCAUGGCUUUCCACUACAUAAACAAGCCAAAACACAGAGUUGGUUUGCACUGUUCCCUCGCCUCCUCUUUUGUGGCUCCAAGGAGAUUGGCAGCCUCUCCUUUCAGUUCCCUGUGACAUCCGAACUCUGGGAGCUCUAGUCUGUUUAAACUCCAAACCAAGAUCAGAAAUCACAGUUUGACCCUGGUUUGUUUAAACUAAUUAAUUAGAGUUUAAAUCAACCAUAGUUCUCUGAGUUUGGACAUAAUAAGGAACUGUGCUUUUUUUUAACACUGGAAGCGAAGGCUUCCUAUACUCAGGCUGCAUGAGAGAAAGGCAAGGGGAAUGUGCAAACCUACAGCUUAUCAUGGCUUGUUCACAUGGUGGAAAAUCAUUGUUUUCUCUUACAACUCAACUGGGCCUGUUUACAUUUUGCACUCAAAGUGCUGAUGUGAAAGUUGUGUCUCUGGUGUUUGAUCUGUGAUGGAUCAUUCACUCAUGCAACACAUCAUUUGUUGCUGCAGUCAUCAAGCGAUUAGCAAGCAUGGAUCAAGUAUACAUGUCUUACCUCAGAGGACAUGAGCAUGACACUAUUUCUAACUUUGGGGCUGGAGCAAUGCUAGCUUGUCUAACAAAUAACUGGAAUCAAUGGGGCUCUUUCCACUAAAGCCCACUUGUCAACAGACACUGUACAAUUGACUCCCAUGGGGUUGGGAUGUGGUCCUUUUGUGAAUAAAGUCCUUUACUUGCUUUGCUACGUUGCACAGCAUUUUUCUGAGAUGUGGCCAUCACUUUUCUGACGGGCUGGCUGCUCCGGUUGUGGUGAAUAAAUGCACUUUCUAGUUCAGUGUUAAUCAAUGUAAUACAGAUGUUUUGUACAUUGCAAAGGUUGCUGCCAAACGUUUUUAGGAUUUAUGUUAAACUUUUUUUUAAAUAAAAAAAAAGCUAGCAUUAAUGUAUAACUUGGAUGUUUGGAGCUGAUGUUUGUAUGAACAGAAUUUUUUGCAUUACUGGUGAUUUUUAAGGAAACAAACAAAAAAUUAGAGAUAAGGAUAUAUUUGUGUUUUACAUUGAAUACAAUAUUCUUUUUUUGUGGUAGAUAAUGAAGCCAGAAGAUUGAAAUAAUAUUUAAAUAUUAUAAUAUACAACCCAACAUGUUUUUCCUUCCUGUAUCUGAUCAUUUGAGUUGGAUAAUAAAUGCAGACAAUUAUAGUA